AUGCUCCGAGACGCGUGCGAUCCGAUGCAGGAAGCGGAGAGGGAGUACGGGAAGGAGCUGCAGAUUCUCUUGCUCUCGGGGGCGAGGAGCCGGAGGCCGAGCUUCCACGUCAAGAGCACGAAGAGAUCCCAGAAGAUCGGGGACGAGGCACGCAUCCUACGGAUCGCCACCUCCAUCCUGGAGCAAAAGUCGGAGAUUCCUCGGAAGGAAGCGGAAUACCUCGUUCGUCGGGAGAUGUUCUCUUGGGAAAGGGAGGAAAGGGCUCGAUCCGGCGCACCCCCUGCCAGCUGCUCGGGCGUCCAGCCCGACUGCGCCUCCCAAGACCCCAACUACAGGACCUACGGCGGAGUUUGCAAUAACCUCGGCGAGGCAGGCGAUCCGGAUGCCAUCUACUGGGGAUCCGCAGAAAUCUACUAUCGUCGCAUCAACAACAGCAACUCCUACGACGACGGCGUGAGCAUCCCACGAGGAUCGGGAGAUCGACUCUCGAUGCUGCCGAAUCCGCGGGCGUUGUCCUCUCUGCUGCACGAGGACGAGGAUCUGCCCGCCCCGACGGCCACGCACAUGAUCAUGCAAUGGGGACAGUUCUUGGAUCACGACAUCACCCUCACCCCCAACGGAGCGUUGCCGUGCUGCGAGUUGGAUCCGUUACCGGUGGAGUGUUUCCCGAUCGUGAUUCCCAGCGACGAUCCUUUCUAUUCUCGACUCACCGUCCCCCAGACGUGCAUGAACUUCCAGAGGUCUGCUCCCUACUGUGCAGGAGUGUUCAUGAAGGAGCACAACAGGCUCGCAGACGAGUUGAAGGCUCUCAAUCCAGCCUGGGACGACGAACGACUCUUCCAGGAAGCCAGGAAGAUCGUCGGUGCGGAGAUGCAGAACAUCCACUACGGAGAGUUCCUACUGGAAGCGUUUGGCAGUUCGUCGUACAUGGAAGACUACGGACUCGAAGUGAAUUAUCCGUCGACCUACGAUCCGAGCCUCGAUCCAAGCCACACCAACAUCUUUGCUACCUCCGCCUACAGGCAAGAAUCCGCCCCACUUGCUCCAUCCCGUCGACCCCCUAAGUGGGGGUCCUACCCAAAGACCUGA